AGCAAAGACUUGCGAACUCUAGUGGUGUUCGAAAUCGAGGCUUCUAGCUUCAUCUGAAGUCGUGAUAAGAUGCCUGGGUGAAAUCUCGGUUGUCAGUAGCAUGAUCGAUAUCUGAAAUAGUCAGGUGAGUCCUUCUUAAUGUGUAUCUAAGAGAGUGCCGCUGUGAGGGCUAAGAUGCCGAUCCCUCCCCCUCCCCCUCCACCACCUGGUGGACCACCUCCUCCUCCCACCUUCAGCCAGGCCAACACGACCCCACCCAAACUGAACAAAGAUGAGGCUAAAGGGCGCAACAUGCUUUUGACCGACAUCUGCAAAGGGUCCAAGCUGAAGAAGGCUGCUGUUGUGAAUGAUCGGAGUGCACCCAUCAUCGAGAAGCCCAAAGGAAGUAGUGGCAGUGCCAGUCCAGGGGCUGUGUCGGGUUCCAUGCAGCCAGUGGGUGGGCUUUUCCAAGGAGGCGUGCCAAAGCUGCGACCAGUGGGAGAUGGUUCUGUCGGGCGGUCAGCAAUGCAACCGCCUGGCUCUCGUCCUGCGGCGCCCCGCCCUCCCGGUCGCCACGAUGAAGGCGACAGUCCCUCCCAGCAACUGUCGCCAGGGUCAACAUCGCCCCCCGAGCAGUCUCGCUCCCAGCGACCCUCCCUGCCGGACCUGUCUCGCCCCGCUAGUGGUGGUAACCCCUCCUCCUCCUCCUCUCCUGGGAUGAAGCACAGCUGCUCGGCCCCCCCGCCGCCCCCACCGGUGUCUCGCCGCGGCAACGCGCCACCCCCGCCCAAAGCGGCCACCCCUACCUCCUCUUCCUCCUCCUCUCCCUCCUCCUACAACCGCGAGAAGCCCCUGCCCCCCACGCCGGGGCAGAGGGGUUCCUCGCCCGCUCCCGUGCGCGAAAAUGCCCCCCUGCCACCUCUCGCCAAACCCCCACCCUCCCCGCUCAACAACCGCCGUCCUCCCACGGGUGGCUCCUCCUCUUCCUCUUGCUCCUCCUCUUCCUCCUCGCUGGCGCCCCCACCUCCUCCAUACCGCCAGGGUGUAGCUAACGGGCCCUCGAGCCCAGGCAGCGAGGCUGCCCCCGAGCUGCCCCAAAGGCAAAACUCCCUCAGCAAGAAGCCAUCCUCUGCCGGCCACACCCCCACGCGCGCUCAUGCACCCCCGCCACCCCCCUCCCCGACUCCGCCGGGAGGACGACCCCCGCCUCCUGUACGCGACCCCCCAGGACGAGGAGCAGCUCCUCCCGUGCCCGGGCAGCCAUCGCGGAAUGGCAGAGAAGCCCCUCCUCCUCCGCCGCCCCCCUACCGGACGCACGGCAGCACCUCCGAAGCUCCCGGUCGAGGCAAGCCUCCCCCUCCCCCCUCCCGCACCCCUGCCGGGCCCCCGCCCCCUCCCCCGCCCAUCCGAAAUGGACACACCUCCACUCCCCGCUCCUUCGUAGAUGACUUUGAGUCCAAGUAUUCCUUCCACCCUCUGGACGACUUCCCCCCUCCGGACGAGUACAGGCACUUCACUAAGAUCUACCCCAGCAAAGCCAACAGAGUGAUGAGAGGGGCCCCUCCUCUUCCCCCUGUGGGGAGGUGAACACUGUGAACAGUUGCCUGCUGACCAGGAGACAACGGUCUCUCGUUCGCUCACACACACACACACACACACACACACACAUAUAAAUAUCUACACAGUCAUAGAGAUAACUAAUCUGCGAAUCACACACAUUACUCACUCAUGGCUGUGUCUUAUUAACAUACUUGUCCUAACCAGACAGCAUCUCAUGCAAACGCUCAGAACUCCCAGAAUGCACUGGUCUCCAUCCCCUUUAACCACUUCAGCCCACUUGAGCACCAGCCAGGACUGAGGACCUCCACAGGGAGACACAAAGAUGAUACAGACGGACAGAUGCACAACUCUUAUCUGCUCAUGGGAUUUUGGAGAUGUAAGAUAUGUUUUUGAAGAGAGGGAGAGACAAAGGCCAAUGAUUCCUUUCUGUUUUUCUUACUGUUGUGUUGUGUUCCCCUUUUUGACAUUGCUGUCUUACCUGAUGUUGGUGCAUCCUUAAAAAGAGAUGCUUACAAAGUAACACUAUUCCUAGCCUGAGCUGCAGGCUAGUUUUGUUUUGUUAGUUAGCUACCUUCCCUAGCCUUUAAAAGGCGUACGUUGGCAGCAGCACCAUUCCAAGCCAUGGGUUAUAAUUUUGUCUCUUUUCGUUUAAGUUGUUAUGAUGAUGUUUAGUGAAAGAUUUUGAAGAUUAAGCACUGUGAAUGCGUCAGUCAUCAGGGAAAUGGAGGAACUUAAAGACUCUCCUGCUGAGAAGCUGACAGAGACUCAUAACUGCUGCCACCAGGUGGCAGAAUUUUGGAAGGACAGGGGACAGGAGCACUCCCUGGUGGACAGAGAGGGCAUUAUCAUUCCUUUAUUAUUGCUUGAAGAAGGGCCGCUGAAAUUAGACCUGCUCACUCCCUCGCACACUCAGAAGUUUCAACAAAAGGGGGGACAUGUUUUGAUAAGGUACUCUCUGGGAAGACUAAGAAAAAAAAAAAAGAAGUGCCAACGGAAGCAAAAACCCAACUGGAACAUGUUAUUUUCCCACUCAACCGGCCACUCACGCAACGCCAGACCACGCCGGUACCCAUGAACUAUGCAUGCAUGUCUGUAGAAAAUGGAGGGCAUCUAAGCAAAGGGGUCAAAGGUUGGCCGUGUCGUGGUACGUUGAACAGACACUCAGAAAAUGGGCCAGAGUUUGGGAUGCACGGCAAUAAGGCACUGGUCCCUCAACUGCUACUAGUAUUUCCGUAUUAUGUGUCCAAACUGAUACUUGUCAAUCGGUAGAUUACUCUGAACCAUCUGCAUGUGCUUCCAACGCCCCUUUGUACAUGUACUGUGUAUCUCUUUUAAGAAAUACCUUUUCUUUUUUUUCCAGUUUUUUUCCAAAACGAGGCAGGUUUGCAUGAUCCCAGUCGUGCCAGACAGGCCUAAGAUGGAGAGUCUUGAAUGACCUGUUCAAUAUCAGCAAUGCUUUGUGAGUGUGUGUGUGUAGAAAGAACACUACUGUUACUACUGCUGCUCCUGCUAGUGCUGCCAGACUAUAGCUACUGCACAUACUGUAAAUGCUUGGCAUGGAGCUAGUAUAGAGGCAGCACAACAAGUCCAAGUGUAUUAUUGUAUUGGUGUAUAAUGGAAAGACCCCAGGCUGUUUGGCUGUUUGGCCUGACCGUAUGGGAAAGGGGCAUGUGGGUCGGGCUUCUCCUGAUGGGCAGUGUUGUGCUAAAGUGUAGUGGAGUCACUGCUUAAGGGAGAAGCACUCGUCUGUUAUCUUUUGACCACUGUUGAAACUGCAGGCCAACACAGUGGUGCAUUUGGGCAGGGAAUUCCCUCAAAGUAUUUAGUUGUUGUUUUUUUUGUUUAUUUUUGUCAUCUCGGUAACACAAAGAAUACAGGCUUCAUCAUGUCAUGUGAAAUAUGAAGGAGCAGCAAUUUUUGAUCCCAGCACUGAGAAUCUUGCCAAUUUGAUUGAUUUUCUUUCCUUUUUCUUAUUGUUUUUUUUUUUAAUGGCAGAAUGAAGAUGUUUAUUGAUUCCAUAUGGUUUAAAUUGAUGCAGACAAAUGCUAUUUAUUUGCUGUUCAUGUGGCCAAUUACUAGCAAGCAUGAUCCAGAUGAGUUUUCCUCUUCUCUGCAUAUUCCGCUGUCUAGCCCACUCCUAUUCAGUUGCAUUCAUUUCCUGGUUCUCAGAAGUUAAUUGAUCGCAUCAGUGUCAGCUGCAGUGAAGUGUUCUGGGAGAUGAUCCUUUGCUCUCCGACCUGUGAGCCAGUAUCCCAGCACACACUGGUGUAGACAUGCUUGUAGGAGGAAGAGGAUUUGUAGGCAGGACUGGGAACCGUUCCACGAGGCAGGUUCCUGCGCCUAUGGUUCCUGCGCCUAUGGUUCCUGGCCUGUGAUCAAGUGUGCGAUUGCCCUGUAAUCUAUUCUGCAUACCAUAAAAAUUAACCCUGUGUCCAUCACCAUCAUCCUCCCCCAACCCUGCUAAGAAAACAAAAAACUAAACAAAAAUAUGCUUAUCAGCUUUGCACCGUCUGUCACUUCCUCCCACCUCCCUGUUUGUGGUGGUAUGCCUUAUACAGAUCUACUGUAACUUGUCGGUACGUGAUUUGUAAGAAAAUAAACACUAAUAAUCAGACGAAACAAAAAAAAGUAUAUUUACACUAGGCCUACAUGUAGGGCAAGAUGGUAGUAAUAGCUAUUGAUCUAUUUUGAAGUUGUAAAAAGCUUGUAAUAUAGUGACUAAACGGAUUUUUUUUGGGGGGGGGGGGGGGUCAGAAUUGAUGGGAAGGCACAGGCUUUGUAGCAAGCCGGCCGCUAAUCGUUAGCUAGCUGCACUCUGUCCUUUCUUCCUUCUCUCUUCUGUCUUAAAUCUCGCUUGCUUUUCGCUGUCCUCCUCUUGGCGGUCCCUCUCUGCGGGACACAGAGGGUGGCUGUACUGUAGAUAUGUCUGCAGGAGCAUUAACUUACUCACAUUGAGAGCCUCCAUUACUUUUCAUCCUUUUUUUCCAAUUCACUCUUAUUCCAGGCUUUUAAAAGUAAACAAAAGCCCUUGUCUUCUCUGUCAGUUGUCGCACUUCUCUCUGCCAGUUGUGUUGUACAAGGUAAAAAUAAAACCCUAAGAGAAAAAAAAA